GCGAGAUGGUCAGCCCCCGAGCCGCAGCCGCAAGAUGCUGGCUGGACAAGUCUUGGUGGGCUGGCUCUCUUCCUCCUCCUUCGCGCUGAUGGUGCUGUUCGGCUCCCUCCGCCCCUCGGCCGCCUACUUCGGGCUGACAGGCAGUGAGCCCCUGACCAUCCUCCCACUGACGACAGAAAUGGAGGAGGCUGCCACAAAGGCCCACUACAAAGUGUGUGACCGGCUCAAGCUGGAGAAGAAGCAGAGACGCAUGUGCCGGCGGGAUCCAGGUGUGGCCGAGACACUCAUGGAGGCCAUCAGCAUGAGUGCCCUGGAGUGCCAGUACCAGUUCCGCUUUGAGCGCUGGAACUGUACUCUGGAGGGUCGAUAUCGGGCCAGCCUGCUGAAGAGAGGCUUCAAGGAGACCGCCUUCCUCUAUGCCAUCUCCUCAGCCGGCCUGACCCACGCCCUGGCUAAAGCAUGCAGCGCUGGGCGCCUGGAGCGCUGCACCUGCGACGAGGCGCCGGAUCUAGAGAACCGGGAGGCCUGGCAGUGGGGGGGCUGCGGGGACAACCUCAAGUACAGUAACAAGUUUGUCAAAGAGUUCCUGGGGAAGAAGUCCAGCAAGGACCUGCGUGCCCGUGUGGACUUCCACAACAAUUUGGUGGGGAUGAAGGUGAUCAAGGCUGGUGUGGAGACCACCUGCAAAUGUCACGGGGUCUCCGGCUCGUGCACGGUCCGCACCUGCUGGCGCCAGCUCUCACCAUUCCACGAAGUGGGCAAACAGCUGAAGCAGAAAUACGAGGCCUCUCUCAAGGUGGGGAGCACCACCAACGAGGCGACAGGUGAGGCUGGAGACAUCCCGCCUCCGCGAAGGGCCCUAGGUUCUUCCGGGCCCGGCACCGACCCUCUCCCGCGCACCCCAGACCUGGUGCACUUGGAUGACUCCCCCAGCUUCUGCCUGGCGAGCCGGUUCUCCCCGGGCACAGCUGGCCGGAAGUGCUACAAGGACAAGAACUGUGAGAGCAUGUGCUGUGGGCGUGGGCACAACACGCAGAGCCGGGUGGUGACUCGGCCCUGCCAGUGCCAGGUACGCUGGUGCUGCUACGUGGAGUGCAAACAGUGCACCCAGAGGGAGGAGGUCUACACCUGCAAAGACUGACCGCCUGCCGGGCCAACCGUCUGCCGGGGGGGAGGGGACAAGACUCCGCUCUGCCUCUGGCCUCGAGACCGACACACAGGGUUUGACAGGGGCGGUUCUUAGAUUCAGAAGGCAAUGUUGAUGAUGUAAGCACUUUUGUGUGUAUGUGUGAGUGCGUGCGCGUGUGUGUGGUUGUGUGUGCCUGUGCGCGCGCAGGGGGCUGGUGGGGUUACCCAGCUGUACUGAUCUUCAAGCCCUUCCCUCUCUUCCUUCCCUCCCGUCCACACCACCCUUAGAAUCUGGGACCCCAGCUGCCCACUCAGUCUGAACUGUUCUAACAGGUGUCUCUGUCCACUCUCUCCCCGAUUCCAUGCGUUUUCUCCCACCUCCUCACUUGCUGACUAUCCCCCCAAACAGAGGUAAAAGAAGUCCAGGACGUAAGUGGGACUCCUUCCAUUCCUGCACUCUCUUCUCCAAGUCUGGCUUUGGUCAGGGCUGAGGUAACUGAGAGAGGAAGAGGAGGGAGUCUGCUAGGUGUCUCCUUUUUUUUUUUCUUCUUCUCGGAGGCCAGGGUGGAAGAGGGCAGCUAAAGGUCCUUACUGAAGCCAGAACUGCCCAAGGAGCCUGGAGUGGCAGGGAAACAGAAUUUUUAAGCUGGAAGGGGCUUUCCAGUCCAGCCCCCUGAAGCGUCAGGAGGUGAGGAACCGGACUUUGCCCACAGUCUCAUUAGCAAGAGGGAGUGCAGCCUGGGCAUGAAAACGAGUCCUAGGACAAACCUUGGAGCAAUGACUGAGUCCUCAUUGGAGAAAGGGAGAUUUUCACCCAAUGUGUGGGAAGGACUUUCUAAUGAUGAGAGAUGCCCUAAGGUAGAACAGGCUUUUUGAGCAGGUAGUGAAUUCUGCUUUGCUGGAGGUCAUCUGUGGCCACUUGUUGGAGGAUACUGUUUCAGGAACUCAUGCUUUGUGUACAGGUUAAUCGUGGAGAGAGGCUGUCUGAGCUCCCAUCCAGCUUAAAGGUUUUGUGAUCCUGUCUUCUGGCUUCCAUAGAAUAGGGCUCUUUCCACACUCCCCAGAUCUCCCCUGGGCUCCUCACCAACAAGGGUGAUGGAACAGAGGAGGUCUUCAGAACCCCAACGAGUCCAGAGAAGGAAGGCUCAUGACUCUCCCAGCUGGUUCCCUAAGUCCCCUCCCCUUUUUUGGCACUAUCACUGACUUGGAAAGCAAGACCACUAGAAGGCUGUCUUCGGAGUCUGUCUGAAUCAGGGAAUUGGAUGCUUGGCCCCUGUUCCUUCCCCACUCCUGUCCUGACAGCGGAUUGAGUUAAUUGGAUUUUCCCUUCCCUUCUUUUCUAGAAUGACACCAGGCACUUCUCUUCUAGUUAGAGCAAAUGUCAGUGAUUACUUUUUGUUGUCAUUUGUUAUUAUUAAUAUUAUUAAUUAUUAUUAUUAUUAUUCCCUAUCUCUUGCGCAUCUUGUCUCAUAUCCGCGCACAUUUCCUACUUCUGAAGGGAUGGGCAGAGUCUGAGUGGGGACAGUAAGACCCUCACAUCUAGAGAAGGGGAUUGUACCUGUCUGGACUUUAUCCAUUGACGGUCUGUCCAAAUGGUAUAUCUGGCCCAACCCCUGCCUCUCCCUUGCCCUGCCCUCUUCUUCCUCCCUUGACUCUG